AUGGAACUUGACAAUUUCAAACAAGAAAAGUUUAAUAAUAAAAUACAAAAAAAUUCUCCAAUGAUAAUAAUACAAAAUAAUGAUGAUGAUAGUUAUAACGAAAAUUUAUUAAUAAAAGAAAAUUGGAUUAGCGAGAAUAAUGAUACUACCAUUACUUUUGACCAUUUAUCAUCGUCGUCUUCAUUUAAUAAUGAUAAUAAUAAUGGUAAUAACAAUAUAAUUAACGCUUCACCCUUAACAAUUUCUCCUUGUUUUACUUCUUCCAAUUCAUCUCUAUCUACUUUAUCUUCUUAUUCUAUUAAUAACAAAAACACAAAAUUAAAAUCUUCAAAGAAAAUUUUCAAAAAUUCAAAACGUAUAUCUUUACCAAACCUUAAAUAUAACAUUUACGCUAAAUUCACAACAACUUCUGAAUCUUCAACUGCUGCAAGUAAUAUUUCUUCAUCAUUUAAUCAAAAGGAUUCAAUAAUUCCCGCUCAAUUCAUCUUUAAUCAUUUUCCACCGCCACCAUCAUCGUUUACCACAAAACGUAUAAAAAUUUUUAAAAAUUUAAAACAUUUACUAAAAAACAAUUCUUCAAUUAAAAAUUGCAACAACAAAUUUUCAACUUUCUCAACUUUCUCAACAUCCUCGUCAUUCAAUUCGCCGAAAUCAUCAAAAUCACACCUAGCAACAAAUUUUCCAAAAAAAUCAAAAUAUAAUGAUUUGAAAUUUGAUAGAAUGAUAGGCGAAGGAGUUGGUGGUAAAGUACAUUUGAUCACUACCACUGAAGACAAUAAAAUAUUUGCCAUAAAACAAUUUACAAAAUGUCAACCGGAAGAAUCUGAAAAACAUUACGUCAAGAAAAUCUUGACAGAAUUUUGCAUCGCAUCAACACUUGAUCACCAAAAUAUAAUCAAAACGUUUGAUAUUAUCAAGGGAAACGAUAGUAACAAUCAAUUCUAUCAAAUAAUGGAAUAUGCUCCUUGUGAUUUCUUUGAUAUUGUAAUGUCACAAAAAAUGUCAAAGGCUGAAAUGAAUUGUUGUUUUGUUCAAAUUGUUAAUGGCGUAAAUUAUUUGCAUGAGAUGGGAAUUGCUCAUAGAGAUUUAAAAUUGGACAAUAUUGUAAUGGAUGAAAAUAAUAUUAUAAAAAUUAUUGAUUUUGGAUGUUCGGUUGUAUUCAAAAAUCCAUUCAGUGAGAGAAUCAUCUUGACAAAAGGCCCAUAUGGAAGUGAUCCGUAUAUAAAUCCUGAGUCAUACAAUCAAAACGUAUUAUACGAUCCAAGAUUAGCUGAUAUUUGGGCUCUGGGUAUAAUAUAUUUUUGUAUUUAUGUGGGCAAAUUUCCUUGGCUAAUAGCAAAAUCAGAUGAAGAUUCUUCUUUCAGAGCAUUUCUAAAAAAGCCAAAUAAUCUAUUCAAUAAGCUACCAGUUGAAUCAAGGCCUACCAUCAGUAAAAUAAUUGAACUAAAUAUAAAUAAACGUAUAACUAUUAAGGAAUUGUUAGAUGAUGAAUGGUUUAAAAGUAUUGAAUUUUGUUCAGUUGACGGACAGAAAUCUGAUAAUCACCAUUCACAUAUUGAUUGGCACCUGGAUAUUUAA